CCACUGCUUCAGCCACACUUCUCCAGACUUCAUCACUCUCUCACUGCUCGCUUCAGUCUCCACGUCGCUUUUAUAAGAACUUAUCCAUCCUUGAAGAGGUCUCUCCUCUAUCUCACAUCCAACCUUCCAACUGUCAUCGUAAUCAUGCAUAUAUAUCGCCGACAAGCCAGGAAACUGGCCUGGUACGACAAUGAGGGCGAACCAUCGACCCAUAAUCCCUUCAAGAAGUUUCGGGCGCGACCGCGGCGGACCAACUCCAUCCAGCUGGAAAACCGACUUACCCCUGUGGUUUCAGAAGGCGGGUUGCGACUUUCCGAGGAGCGCCGCCGUCGCAGAGAUAUGACCCAAGGCCUGGCUGGUCCAGAGCAUGCGGACACCUUCCCUCCCCAGUCUGCUGGGACCGAUCACUUGAAUCGCGUCGACAGCGCCGAAAAGGCCGAUACGGAGCGGUCGCUGCGAAGCCAGGACCCCAUUAAUGUGCCGCAGUCCGACCAGCCUGAUGAGACGCGGCCACGCAAGCGAAGAACCUUUCUGAACAAUACGUUCCACUCCAGCGCUGAUGAAGAUCGCAUGGUCGCCGACUCCAGCAAAGAUUCGAUGCCCGACAAGCAGAAGUUCACCGCGGUCGGCCAGUUGAAAGCCACGCUGUUCAACUCCUGGAUCAAUGUCCUGCUCUUCGCCGCGCCCGUGGGAAUCGCGCUGAAUUAUGUCGACGUACCUCCGGUGGCGGUGUUCGUGGUCAACUUCAUUGCGAUUAUCCCUCUUGCCGCCAUGCUGAGUUAUGCGACCGAGGAAAUCGCCAUGCGCACGGGGGAGACCAUCGGUGGUCUGCUGAAUGCCACCUUCGGGAACGCAGUGGAGUUAAUCGUCGCCAUCAUCGCGUUGGUGGACGGAGAAGUGGUCAUUGUGCAGACGUCUCUGAUCGGUAGUAUGCUGUCCAAUCUGCUGUUGGUCAUGGGGAUGUGUUUCUUCUUCGGUGGCAUCGAUCGCCUGGAGCAACACUUCAACCCCGUCGUCGCACAAACUGCAGCCAGUCUGUUGGCUCUGGCAGUGGCCAGUCUCAUUAUCCCCACCGCCUUCCACGCCUGGUCCGAUGCCGGCGACACUGGCAUUGCGGAAUUGUCUCGCGGCACCAGCGUCAUUCUGCUGGUCGUCUACGGCUGUUACCUGUUCUUCCAGCUCAAGUCGCACACUGAAAUCUACAACGCCCCCAGCCCCAAGGUGGAGAGGAGACGGCAGAAAGUCAACGAGGGCGACGCCAGCCGGGGCCUCGCGCAGAUCGGCAAGAUGACGGCCUCGAUGGCCGGCGAGCACGCCCAGAACGUGGAACUGCAGGAACCUGAUGACGAGGAACAGCCGCAACUGAGCAUCUGGGUGGCCAUCCUGACGCUCGUCAUUUCGACGGUCUUUGUCGCUCUCUGUGCCGAGUUUAUGGUCGACUCGAUCGAUGCUCUCACGGAGCAGGGCAAUAUCUCCGAGACCUUUGUGGGUCUGAUCCUCCUCCCGAUCGUAGGCAACGCGGCCGAGCACGCGACAGCCGUCACCGUGGCUUGCAAGGAUAAGAUGGACCUGGCCAUCGGAGUGGCUGUUGGCUCCAGCAUGCAGAUCGCACUGCUGGUGCUGCCGUUGAUCAUUGUGAUCGGAUGGGGAAUGGGCAACGACGACAUGACCCUCUACUUCGACGCCUUCCAGGUGAUCCUGCUCUUCGUCGCCGUCCUGUUGGUCAACUACCUCAUCGCCGACGGCAAAUCCCACUGGCUAGAGGGUGUCCUGCUAAUGAUGAUGUAUCUGAUCAUCGCCGUCGCAGCUUGGUUCUACCCCAGCAAAACUAGCGUCAGCUGAAGGGUAUUCAAACCCCUGCAGAGCGCAACGGCCUUGACACAUCAUACAACUAAACUAAACUAAUCAUUCCGACGUUCCU